UUCUUUGUUUUUCUAAGAUAAAAGAUCAUUUGGAUAAAUACCUAGAGAGUGGAAAAAUUUCUGGAAACCACUGGCAGCCCUCUUCAAUGAUGUGACUCGUAGCUUGGCUGCCAUGUCUAAAAUAAGAACACUUACCAUUUGGUUCUAAAGCAUUUGGAGCACCAUGAGAGGAAAAGUCCUCUAGAAAUUGUUUGGUUGAUAAAUAAAGAUACUGGCUGAGCUUUUUGCACUUCCCACACGUGAGAGUCACUUAAUAAAUAAGUGGUCGACAUAAGAAUGGAAAUUGGUUGAGUCUCACACAGUAGGCCUAAUUUCUAUCCUCCCACUCCUCCGCUGAUGCCCUUUGUAGUUCAGUGUUGCAGCCUUUCUGUCUCUUGUCCCUGGCUGCAUGUGCCAAACACAGGUGACAGGACCCACUGGAGACCCAAGGGGCACUUGGAACACGAGCUCUGGGAAAACAUUCCCUACAGCAGCAACGCAGCCACUUUCUGACUGAGACUGGGGAGCCUCAGGAGAUGUUACCACAGAAUCUUCAAAUGGUUUGUGUUGGAAGGAACUUUAAAAGAUCAUCUCCUCCACCCUGCCCCUGCCUCAGGCAGGGACACCUUCCACUAGAACAGGUUGCUCAAAGCCCCAUCCAACCUGGCCUUGAAUGCUUCCAAUGUCCACAACUUCUCUGAGCAACCUGUUCCAGUGUCUCACUACCCUCGCAGUAAAGAAUCCUUCCUUGCAUCAAAUCUAAAACUACCCUCUUUCAGCUUAAACCUGUUACCCUUUCUCCUGUCAGUGCAAGCCUUGGAGUCUUUGUGUUUCUUAUAAGAACCCUUUAAGUAUUGAAUAGCUGCAAUAAGAUCUCCCUGGAGCCUUCUCUCCAGGCUGAACAGUCCCAGUUCUUUCAGACUUUCCCCAUGGGAAAGAUGUUCCAACCCCAUGACGAUUUUCUGUGCCCUGCUGGAUCUACUCUAACAGCUCUGGGUUUCUUGGCCUGGGGAUCCUGUAGCUGGAUGUUCCUCCUGGUAAGUUUUGACAGCUGUCUCAGGUGUAUUCUUAUCUAGUCAACCUGUGCAAAAAGAGUUGGUCAGAGAGAAGAAAAGAGAAGUAUGAGAGGGGUGCAUUUGGUUAAUGCAUUUGCUGUAAAUGGAGAGGAAAUUGGUGUAAGAGCUGCAGGUAAGUGUCAACUGUGAGAGCCAGUGGGGUUAGAGCACUGGAAGAGUGGGAGCAAAAUUGAGCCGAGCUCUAGCUACUAUUAAUGUGGAGUUUGGUCAGUUUAUGAAAGGGGUCUCUAUGACAUGGUUGCCUACGAAGGUAGGGGACUCAGUGACCCAGAAGCUGACUUCUGCAUCUCUUGGGCCGAGGUCAGACUGACCCUCCAUUACCAAAUCUCAAAAACAGGUCCAGAGUCCUCCACAGCCUCUUGCCUGUCUCACUGAGCUGGAUGUGCUUGCAAAAGAGCAAAUGGGGAAACAAAGCAGGACCUUUGACCCCUUGCUACCACUAUAUUAGCUCUGCAUAAAUGCCGGGGUCUCAGAUGAGCACCUACCUCAGCUUGGGCCUGAGAAAGAGAGAAAGCAGGACAGACAUUGUAUACUGAUUCCUGCAGGUCUCUCUGUGCGGAGAGCAGAACUGGUACUCAAACCAUGCUGCAAUCCAGGGCAUUGGUGAUAGCUCUGAUUCUGCUCCUCAGCACCACUUUCCCUGAAGUGCAGUCAAAGUCCCUCUUUGACAAAGACCGUCGUGACUGGCUGGCUAUCCCUGAGAAAAUUACAUCUUACUUCUAUGAAGCUGUGAACAAGGUGUACCCUAAAGUCAGUCAGUUCUUUUGGGAUACUGUCCAGAGUCCAACAGUUACUGCGGCCAGACAGAGAAUCACGAAAGAAGCAACUAAAGUCAGUAUAAUGAUUGAUCAGCUGGUUGAAAAAAUGAAGAUCCUGUGGUACACAACAAUCCUGGGCUAUUAGCCAAAUGAAGACAAGUCAGUGUUUCCUGAUGUGAGUGUGUAACACCCUGCAGUGUCCUCUUUCCCCCUGCCCCUCCUACGGACCAAGAUCCAUCAAUAAGACAGAAUCGAUGCUCCUCUUAAUGCCACUAGAGGGAACCCACCUUCAAAGACCAAAAGAUGGAAGACAUCUGCUGAAGCCUCCCCGGACAAAAAAUCAAGCGGCUGGGCAUGGGGAAGGCAAUAUAGAGAUUGUAGAGUUCUUCUGUAGCCAAAUCUUGAAAAUUAAUUCCUCCUGAAUGGCUUGGGCAUUGCCCCUCUAAUAAAAAAAAAAUGUCGGUUGUUACACUUCCUCAAGUUUCUUGUUUGUAUUGACCAUUAUGGAAUCUGACUCACCUUGGCAUCCCAUUCUGCUGAGCACGUAGCUGUGAUUCACAAGAAAUAUGUGCAGGCAAUGAGAACAAACCCUGAAUAUUCAGGCACUUUUAACUAAGCUCAGAUUCCUCUUGAGUGGAGGAA